GCUGUUAGCUCGCUCUGGUUGUGGGUGAGCUCCGGGGAAAGAGACAUAGUUGAAGACCCUUGACUUGAAGACUUGUCUUCCUUCCUUCUUCUUCUCCCCAGUUUUGAAUCACUCGACGUGGUUUCAAAGCCACGCACAACUCUCACAGCUUCGUUAACUAUCCCCCCUCCUCUCUCUUUUCUCCAAACACCAAACACUUUCUCAUUCCAACACCACACCAUAACAUGCCUCUAGAAUCGCCAUCGCAGCUAAAGCCGCUGUGGUUCCUCCUCUUCUUCCUAACCAGCAAUGCCGCCGCCCUAACAACAACUACAGCUCAUGUCUUCAAAGAAGCACCCAAGUUCUACAACUCCCCUAGCUGCCCUUCGCUCCAAAACGACUCCACCGUCUGCUCCGACGUGGCGGUUCACGUCGCUAUGACCCUCGACGCCGCCUACCUCCGCGGUUCAAUGGCGGCAAUUCUCUCCGUUCUCCAACACUCGUCGUGCCCUGAAAAUGUCAUCUUCCAUUUCGUCGCGGCGGCUUCUUCCUCCAACUCUAUACUUCUAACACAAACGUUGAUCACUUCUUUCCCAUACUUAAAAUUUCGAGUCUACCCUUUCGGCGACGCCGCCGUGGCGGGGCUGAUCUCCACCUCUAUAAGGUCAGCCCUCGACUGCCCGCUCAACUACGCCCGAAACUACUUAGCCACCCUCCUCCCGACAUGUGUCCGCCGCAUCGUCUACCUCGACUCCGACCUCGUCCUCGUCGACGACAUUUGCAAGCUGGCCGCCACCCCCCUCGGGCCCUACGCCGUCCUCGCCGCGCCGGAGUACUGCAACGCCAACUUCACCACCUACUUCACUCCCUCGUUCUGGUCCAACCCAACUCUCUCCUUAACCUUCGAGGGCCGCAACGCUUGCUACUUCAACACCGGCGUCAUGGUCAUCGACCUCGACCGGUGGCGGGCCGGCGGCUACACCAACCGGAUCGUGGAGUGGAUGGAGCUUCAGAAGCGAAUGCGGAUCUACGAGCUCGGUUCUUUACCUCCUUUUCUCCUAGUCUUUGCCGGAAACAUCGCUUCCGUCGACCACCGUUGGAACCAGCACGGCCUCGGAGGCGACAACUUCCGGGGGCUUUGUCGGGACCUGCACCCCGGUCCUGUUAGUUUGCUUCAUUGGAGCGGCAAAGGGAAGCCGUGGGUCCGGCUCGACUCGAACCGGCCUUGCCCAUUGGAUGCUCUGUGGGCCCCUUAUGAUCUGUUACAGACACCUUUCGCGCUAGAGUCUUAGAGGUUAAUGCAAUUAUUAAUUAACGCCACAAAUUACUCCAUCAUAAUAAGAAAGUGUUAUUAUUCUUUUUCCUUUUGUUUUCCUCCCCUUUUUGGGGUGACCAUUUUUGUACAUUUUAUACAGAGGCACAUUAACAGAUCCUUCAUCAUGUAAUAUUUUGCCUUUCUUUUUUUCUGUUUUCUCUGCUCGAAUUAUGGAGCUUCAAGAAGAGGUUUGGUGAAUUCAAUGUGCGUUAU